UCUCUGAUGACAUUUAUUUUUAACACUCACAUCCGAAUAGAUUUAAAGAAAAUUUUUAAACAAAAACAAAACAAAAUAAUAUUUGUGAAAAAAAACCAAAAAAAAAAGAAAACAUGAUCUAUGAAUCAUCAUAUGAAAGUGGACGUAUACCGUUUGUGCCCAAUGGAAAUCGUGGUCAUUGGUCCAAAAUCAGUGAUUUUAUAUUUGCUGGUUUGGGUCUAUCCUAUCGCAUGGAUAUUUUUCUAUUAUAUAUACAGCUAUCAGAUAAAGUAUCAGUUACUUCCCUUUUACCCGCUUUUAUUAUAAGUUUAGCUUUGUAUACUGUGCCUCUCUUAAUGGUUCAAUCUUUUAUGGGCCAAUUUUCAAGCAGUGGUUUUAUAUCCGCUUUUCGUAUAUCUCCUAUAUUUAAAGGCAUUGGUUAUGUUUCGUUGGCUCUGAAUGUCUUAGUGCUGAUAUUUUAUAGUCUAUUUGCCAUGAUUCCACUGGUAUAUUUGAUAGGCUCUUUCAAACCUCAAUUGCCCUGGAGUUGUGAUGGUACCUACAAUUGGGUUGAUUUCUGUAAUACAAAACCGACUAGUAAUGAAACAGAUGACUAUUUGGAUUUCCAAAAUUUUUUCCAAGUUCCAUCAAAUUCCUAUUUUCAAUCUCUCUUUAGCGAAUUUCAUAUAUUUGGUUUGAAAUUAACCCUCUCGUUUCAACUUAUUAUAUCGGCCAUAUGUAUUUGGAUAAUUAUAGCUGUAGUGUCACAAAAGUGUCGAAAAAUUUGUCAGAUAGGCCAAUUAAUACGUUAUUCGGUUUGUAUUGUUAUUGUUUUAUUGAUUCUACUCAUUGUACGUCUCAGUUUUAUACCUGGUGUUGGUGAAGUCUUCUCUGAUAUCUUUACACCAAAUUGGCCUGACUUUAUUGAUGGCAUAAAGUCUAUACCGAAUUAUGGCAUAUCAGCCUUUGGCCCGGGCUGGGGUUUAAUUUUAACUUUGGCUAGUUUUAAUAAGUUUAAUACUAAUAUCAGAUAUACCAGUUGGUUAAUCGGUGGGGGCCAUAUGCUGAUGAUCAUAUUGUAUUGUAUAAUGGAACUGUUAAUAAAGGGUUGUGUAUCAUUAUUAACUCAUGAAAGUUUUCAUGGAGGAAGUACACCUUACCUGGCUUUAUAUUUGACUGGUGGCAGUGUGUUUGAUUCAUUGCAAUGGGGAAAUUUGUGGUCGAUUAUGUUCUAUUUAAUGCUUGUUUUAGCUGGUGUGACAUUAAUGAUAAUCCAAUUAAAUAUAAUAUUGUACAGUAUUUUCGAUGAAUUUAUAACAUUAAAGAAAAAUAAAUUCACCAUGGGUUUUAUAUUUGCAAUGGCAAUCUUUUCAUUAUAUUUUGCCACUGAGCACGGCUAUGAAAAUUUCCUAUUUUUAAGAUUUGAUACUUUGGUAACACAAUCGUUAAUUGAUUUACUGGUGAUCUUGGCAGUUUUAUGGGUUUAUGGACGUAAACGGUUUCAGCGUGACUUAGAAUUUAUGAUUAAUGAACGUUUUGCCACCUGGAAAGUUUUUGCUUUAAGAUUUUUAGCACCCAUAGUGCUAUUAAUAGCUUUGACUGAGGGUCUAUUGGUUUCAUUUAUUCAUAGUAUUUAUGGUCGUACUUCAAUUACUAUUUUUAAUUUACUGCUGAGACCUUUGCCUUGGCUAUGUGUACCCGGUUAUGUUAUUUAUUGUUUGGUAAAGGCAAAGGGCCCCUUCACAGCUCGCCUUUUAAAAAGUGCUCGACCUACCGACUGGUAUCCGGUUGCAGUGGAAGAUCGUCAUAAAUAUGAAGAUAUUGUUAAUAAUGGCAAUAUGUCACAUCCGUUAAAUGUUUUAGAUGAUGGAGAAAAUGCAUGAUUGUUUUAUACUAUUUAAAAUUAA